AUGGCCAAUGAAGAGCUGCUGCAAAAACUGCGCCGGCAGCGACUUCGCAUGGGCGAAGAUCCGCUGCCUGUGCCCACGCGCCAGCUCGACCACACAAAGGAGAGGCACAGCCGCCGUGAUGAGCUGGUAUCAUUGGAGAAGAAGGGUGAGGUGAUGCAGCGUGCUCGAAAGUUUCAAAGCACAGACAGUCCCGGGCCAUCCCCAUCACGGACGCCCGGACGCAUAAAUCUCGACUGCUGGGAGCAGCGAUGCCGCGAGAAGACAUGCCCAUCACAGUCACCUUGCGCAAACGAGGCCAGGCAUCAGCACCAGGACGUGGCCAGUUUGGCCACGAUCCGGGAGGAAGCCAAGACUGGGCAUGCGCUUGUCGACACAAUCUCUGAGGAAGCAUGGACGGAGGAGGCAUGGGCGGAGACGGAGCGAAAAACCGUGAGCCACCUGGGGACGCCACGCGACGGCAUGCAGGAUGUCACCUUGCCGGAAGGGGAAGCCAAGGGCAAGAAGGCUCCUGAAGCCGAGUGCUUUUGCAUGUGGGACAGCGAGGAAGAAUGCAUGGCUCAGGAUGCUUCGUCCAGGUCUGCUGAGGCAGAUGCAGAGGAGCCUCUGGAGUUCUCCAUGCUAGAUUAUCUGGCAGAGCUGCCUGAGGGCGUUGCAGAGAAACUUCAGCGGUGUUUAAAGACACAUGAAGAACUGGUGCGGAGGUUGUGCCAGAGGAACGAGCUUCUUCAAGCCCAAGUCCGAAACAUUCGGUGCGAUGGCUUGGAGGCCAAAGUGUCCCCGAUGACGCCGCAGCAGUCGUCAAGGAGCCCCCCAUUCUCGCCCAUGUCAAGAAAGUCUCCGCAGGCAGCUUCAGUGUUCAGCAACGUGCGUGUGGCUCACAAAAGUGAAGCAAGGCUAGCGAAGCCAGACAUAUCCAAGGUGCAUGAUAGCAUCUUUACCGAUCGUGCGCGUCUGCGCGACGAGCACGAUGUCAUUGAGGCGAACUUGAGAGCGAGACUGCAGCGCACCAUCAAAGCCUCCAAAGAAAGAGUGCAGGCAAUGCAGAGGCGUGUGGAGCGGGAGGAGCUGCAGGUCAAGAAUCGCUUCGAGGUCGCCAUGCAGACACGAGAAGGCAUGGAGCGCAGCAUCAAGGCUGCGCUGAAAGAGCACAGCCUGGCAAAAGUGCGAAUCACAGCGCUCGAGGAGGCGAUUAGCGUCGACAUCGCUCGCUGCCGUUCGAAGGAGAAGGAGCGCGAGCAACUGCUUGACAAGCAGACCAGCCUACGCAACGAGCUGAAGGCGCUGCGGAGCAGGGCUUCAAAACAUCAGAAGUGUGAGCGGCAUAUCCAGGACUUGCAGCGCGAGCUGGAGGCACUCACCAAGGCCUGCCACUCUGAGAGUCCGAGAUGGGCUGUAUGA